CUACUUCGGAAGUUCCAGAAAUCUGUACAUAAACGAAACAGCUGUUUGCACAGAAUUAAUUGCUGUGGUCGAAAAUACUCGAAGAAUGCAGAUAUUCGUAAAGACAUUGACAGGGAAGACGAUCACGUUGGAGGUGGAGCCUAGUGAUACUAUUGAGAAUGUGAAAGCGAAGAUCCAAGACAAAGAAGGUAUUCCUCCUGACCAACAACGUUUGAUCUUCGCUGGUAAGCAGUUGGAAGAUGGACGUACUCUGUCUGACUACAACAUCCAGAAAGAGUCGACUCUGCAUCUUGUCCUUCGUCUACGUGGUGGAAUGCAAAUAUUUGUGAAGACGUUGACUGGUAAGACGAUCACGUUGGAGGUGGAGCCUAGUGAUACUAUUGAGAAUGUGAAAGCGAAGAUCCAAGACAAAGAAGGUAUUCCUCCUGACCAACAACGUUUGAUCUUCGCUGGUAAGCAGUUGGAAGAUGGACGUACUCUGUCUGACUACAACAUCCAGAAAGAGUCGACUCUGCAUCUUGUCCUUCGUCUACGUGGUGGAAUGCAAAUAUUUGUGAAGACGUUGACUGGUAAGACGAUCACGUUGGAGGUGGAGCCUAGUGAUACUAUUGAGAAUGUGAAAGCGAAGAUCCAAGACAAAGAAGGUAUUCCUCCUGACCAACAACGUUUGAUCUUCGCUGGUAAGCAGUUGGAAGAUGGACGUACUCUGUCUGACUACAACAUCCAGAAAGAGUCGACUCUGCAUCUUGUCCUUCGUCUACGUGGUGGAAUGCAAAUAUUUGUGAAGACGUUGACUGGUAAGACGAUCACGUUGGAGGUGGAGCCUAGUGAUACUAUUGAGAAUGUGAAAGCGAAGAUCCAAGACAAAGAAGGUAUUCCUCCUGACCAACAACGUUUGAUCUUCGCUGGUAAGCAGUUGGAAGAUGGACGUACUCUGUCUGACUACAACAUCCAGAAAGAGUCGACUCUGCAUCUUGUCCUUCGUCUACGUGGUGGAAUGCAAAUAUUUGUGAAGACGUUGACUGGUAAGACGAUCACGUUGGAGGUGGAGCCUAGUGAUACUAUUGAGAAUGUGAAAGCGAAGAUCCAAGACAAAGAAGGUAUUCCUCCUGACCAACAACGUUUGAUCUUCGCUGGUAAGCAGUUGGAAGAUGGACGUACUCUGUCUGACUACAACAUCCAGAAAGAGUCGACUCUGCAUCUUGUCCUUCGUCUACGUGGUGGAAUGCAAAUAUUUGUGAAGACGUUGACUGGUAAGACGAUCACGUUGGAGGUGGAGCCUAGUGAUACUAUUGAGAAUGUGAAAGCGAAGAUCCAAGACAAAGAAGGUAUUCCUCCUGACCAACAACGUUUGAUCUUCGCUGGUAAGCAGUUGGAAGAUGGACGUACUCUGUCUGACUACAACAUCCAGAAAGAGUCGACUCUGCAUCUUGUCCUUCGUCUACGUGGUGGAAUGCAAAUAUUUGUGAAGACGUUGACUGGUAAGACGAUCACGUUGGAGGUGGAGCCUAGUGAUACUAUUGAGAAUGUGAAAGCGAAGAUCCAAGACAAAGAAGGUAUUCCUCCUGACCAACAACGUUUGAUCUUCGCUGGUAAGCAGUUGGAAGAUGGACGUACUCUGUCUGACUACAACAUCCAGAAAGAGUCGACUCUGCAUCUUGUCCUUCGUCUACGUGGUGGAAUGCAAAUAUUUGUGAAGACGUUGACUGGUAAGACGAUCACGUUGGAGGUGGAGCCUAGUGAUACUAUUGAGAAUGUGAAAGCGAAGAUCCAAGACAAAGAAGGUAUUCCUCCUGACCAACAACGUUUGAUCUUCGCUGGUAAGCAGUUGGAAGAUGGACGUACUCUGUCUGACUACAACAUCCAGAAAGAGUCGACUCUGCAUCUUGUCCUUCGUCUACGUGGUGGAAUGCAAAUAUUUGUGAAGACGUUGACUGGUAAGACGAUCACGUUGGAGGUGGAGCCUAGUGAUACUAUUGAGAAUGUGAAAGCGAAGAUCCAAGACAAAGAAGGUAUUCCUCCUGACCAACAACGUUUGAUCUUCGCUGGUAAGCAGUUGGAAGAUGGACGUACUCUGUCUGACUACAACAUCCAGAAAGAGUCGACUCUGCAUCUUGUCCUUCGUCUACGUGGUGGAAUGCAAAUAUUUGUGAAGACGUUGACUGGUAAGACGAUCACGUUGGAGGUGGAGCCUAGUGAUACUAUUGAGAAUGUGAAAGCGAAGAUCCAAGACAAAGAAGGUAUUCCUCCUGACCAACAACGUUUGAUCUUCGCUGGUAAGCAGUUGGAAGAUGGACGUACUCUGUCUGACUACAACAUCCAGAAAGAGUCGACUCUGCAUCUUGUCCUUCGUCUACGUGGUGGAAUGCAAAUAUUUGUGAAGACGUUGACUGGUAAGACGAUCACGUUGGAGGUGGAGCCUAGUGAUACUAUUGAGAAUGUGAAAGCGAAGAUCCAAGACAAAGAAGGUAUUCCUCCUGACCAACAACGUUUGAUCUUCGCUGGUAAGCAGUUGGAAGAUGGACGUACUCUGUCUGACUACAACAUCCAGAAAGAGUCGACUCUGCAUCUUGUCCUUCGUCUACGUGGUGGAAUGCAAAUAUUUGUGAAGACGUUGACUGGUAAGACGAUCACGUUGGAGGUGGAGCCUAGUGAUACUAUUGAGAAUGUGAAAGCGAAGAUCCAAGACAAAGAAGGUAUUCCUCCUGACCAACAACGUUUGAUCUUCGCUGGUAAGCAGUUGGAAGAUGGACGUACUCUGUCUGACUACAACAUCCAGAAGGAGUCAACCUUACAUCUUGUUUUACGCCUGCGUGGAGGCAUAUGAUUUCUGUUAAAGUUAAUUUAAAAAAUAAAUUUUAAUUUGAUUCUAGUUCU